AUGGCACCAUCCCACGACUUCCUCCGAACGAUGGAAUUCAACCUUGCGCCCAUCAUGCCUUCACGCAUCAUCGCCAUAGUCUUCUGCGUUACCAUUUCCGUCAUCAUCGUCAGCGUCUUCGCCUUCUUCUUCCUCUGCUGCUACUGCCGUUACUCCUGCCGCUCCUUGCGGCGCAGGAAGUCCACGUCUACUGCACCGCCGCCUGAGGAGACACCCAUGUCCCAACCCAACGACGAAGUGCUUCACAGGAUCAUCACGCUAAGGCAGUGGGCGUAUCCGCCCAAUCCGAGGGGACCGAAUCUGGGAGAGACGAGGGACGCCGGCAAUCUGGUGUAG